AUGAAAAUAAAUACAAAAUUAAAUUCAUUAAUUUUUAAUGAAAUAUUGCCAUAUCUAUCAUAUAAAAAUUCUUAUAGAAGGAUAUUAGAAUUAAGUUUAAUUUCAAAACAAUCAUUUCAAAUCAUUCAAAAUUUAAUAACUCAUAAACAUAUCAUCAACUUUGAUCCUAAAAAUCUAAUAAGGUCAAUAAAGAAAUCAAAAAAAAAUAACAACUAUGAACUAUUUUUAAUAAGGUAUAAAGAGAUGGAAAGUUUUCAUAACAUUUGGAAAAGUUAUUCAACUAAGCACCUUAAAAAGAUCAAAAAUAAACUUUUAGAACAAUGUGAACAUUUAAAAAAAGUUAUAUUUAACAAUGUCAAUGUUCAUUUUAUGGAAAAGAAUCCAACAUGUGACGAAUUUUAUGAAUUCAAAGGUGUACAUUUAUAUUGGGACAAAGGAGAAGUUCCAUGCUCAAACACUGACGAAUUAGAUUUGGUCGAAGAUGAAGAAGAUUACUAUGAAUUUGAAUUUUCUUUUGAAUUUUUAUCAAGAUAUCCAGGUGUAAAGAAAAUCUCAAUAUCAACAAGAGCUAGGACUCAUGUGGAUAUGGAUUUGAAUUUAGAGAAAUUGGAUGGUAUUUUAAGAAAUUGUUGUACUAAAGUAGAAACUAUUAAAUUUGACCAAUACCACCAUACACCCCAUAAUUUCGUUGAAAAAGUAAUAAAUUCAAAAUCUCCAGCAAUCAAAUCAUUUACUGCUAGAUUGGGUGAUCAUGAAGACACAAGUAAAUUGGUUGCAAAGUUAUUUAGAAAAUCAGAAAUCUCAAAAAAUAAAAUAUUAAAGGUGUUAAAAUUAAGACAUUGUAUGGAUGGUGGCCUGUCACCACUUAACGAAGAGCCAACCGAAUUUUUAAAAACUUUAAUAGGUAAUCAAACUUUAGAAUCAUUGGGUUUAGAAUUAUUCAUUGUAAGCAGCUCGGAAAAACUAUCACCACUCAUCCAGGUACCAAAUAUUACAACAUUAAUAUGCAGUUUCGACUCUUUCGAAGCCUUCCUUUUACAUUGCAACGAAAAUCAUAAUAUUACCACUUUAAGAGUUGGUUGGGAUACUCAUUAUAUCCAAGAUUUCGAUGACAAUAUGGGAGAGGCGAAAAUUUUUUUAGUAAAUGCACUUUCAAAUUUCUUUAAAAAUAAUAAAUCAUCAUUGCGUUCAAUUAUAUUUCCUAAAUCAUCAUCAGAAAUUUUAGAACCUAUCAACAAAGAAAUUUUUGAACUUAUCAACAAAGAAAGAAAUAAUAAUAAUAAUAAUAUAAAAAAUAUAAUCUUUAAAUUUUUAGAUUCAUAUCAAAAAGAAAAAUCCAUCUACUUGUAA